AUGAAGCCUCGGAAGCCGCGCAACAGCAAGGUCCAUGCGACGGACGACGAGGAGGCGCCCCCGCCGAAGGGGACGCCGGGCACGGCGACCCCGACGACGCCCAAGACGCCCGGGGGCGGCGCCGCCGCCACGGUCCCCGGGGCCGCGACGACGACGCGGCGCAAGAAGGACGACGAGCCCAAGGGGCCGGGCGUGCUGAACGCGAAGACCUACGAGCAGCGCGAGUCGACGGUGGGGAAGAUGGUCGAGGACAUCGACGUCGCGAAGCACGACCAGCACAGCGGCGCGCUGGCGGCGUUCCUCGACCUCCUCGGCAUCCGCAAGGACGCGCCCGUCGUGCCGCAGAACGCGUCGGCGGGCGCCGUCGCGCGGACCUACGUCGCGCUCAAGGCCGCGCCCGGCGGCGCGCGCGCCGGCGACGCAGCCUACUCCUUCGCGACGCACGGCAAGCGCGGGAGGGAAAAGUCCGAGGCCGCGCUCGCGCGCGAGUACAAGGAGACGCGCGAGCGGCUCAAGGCGCAGACGGCGUUGGUCAUCGCGCGCCAGAAGGACCGCGCCGAGGAGGCCGUGCGCAAGGCGCGCGAGGGCGAGAUCCACUACGACCCGUCGCGGCGGACGACGUGGCACGCGACGCGGACGCGCGAGUUCGAGGUCGCGACGUCGAGCGGCGAGCGGGAGUCGCUGCAGCUCAAGGUCUGGACGACGGCGGACAUCCGGCGGGACUCGCGGCGGCCGAGCGGCUUCCGCCUGCCCUUCGGGCGCCGCGGCUCGGCCAAGGUCGUCAGGAACUCGAAGGCGCCGACGCGCUUCGCGGAGUUCAACCU